AAUGUGUUUUAUUAAAAUAGUCUUAUAAUAUGGUUAUAAAGACUUUUUGUUGAAUAAAUAAAAAUAAAAGAUAAAUAUUAUACAUUUAAUAUGUUUUAAGGUGCACCGAGACUCAAGAAAAAAAGCUCUCUGUCUCAUAUUUCAAAAUAGUUUGUCAAAGCUUUAUAAAAGUUUACUUAAAUUUUUAAACAUAAACUGAUUGAAACUUACACGGUGUUCAAAAGAAUUUUUUGGGUUUUGUACUUGGACAGAAUAAGCUCACUUUUUUUAUAUACUUUUUUCCUUUAGAAUAGAUAAGAUAGAAGCGAUUUUAGCUUAUUGCUUAAUUAGCUGUUGUUUCAGUGAGUAAGGUCUAUUUAAAUACAGCAGGGAAAGAUAUGGCUGAACCUUGUAUGGAAGGUAGGACUUUAUUAAGGUCAAAUGUUAAUGAUAAAGUGAGAGAUGAUCAUUUCAUGCUUCAUUAUGCAAGUGAUAAAACUGACGCUAUGAAAUAUGAUGUGAAUGAAAAUGAAACACAUGUAGGAAGUGUGAAACAAGAAUAUAAAGGUUAUGUUAAUGACGUUGAUGGACUUAAAACAAUCAAUCCUGAUGAAAAUCAAGAAGGCAUUAAUGAUUUGGAUGGACUUAAAACAAUAAAUAAUAAUAAAAAUCAAGAAGGCAUUAAUGAUUUUGAUGGACUUAAAAUAAUUAAUCCUCAUGAAAAUCAAGAAGGCAUUAAUGAAUUCAAUGAAUGUGAUCAGAAGGCAGUGUACAAAGAGUUUUUACCAGUAGUUGAAAAGUGUGGUGAACAUGACAGAGCUGAAACUGUAAAUGCCGUUGUCAAAGAUGAUCUUGAUGAUGAUGCUGAUGACAAGGAGGUAAGCCACCCAUACAAAGUAAAUAAAGAUACAACAAUGAAACGAAAAUUGGACAAAUUAGAUUCCAGCAACCUUAUAAGAAUUCCAGAAAAUAAGGCUAUAGAAGCUGUAGAUGCAGAAAGUGUUGUUAACGAUGCAAACAGAAAGGAACCCAUAAAACAUGAUGCCAUUGGAAAUCUAUGUCCAACUUCACAAGAGUGUGGUAAAAGACACUAUAAUUCUAAAAGCUUUGAUAAAAGUGCUGCAUGUAGAGAUAAUUUUCAAGAACAUAUGAUGGACAUCGUAAGAACAGCUGAACUGGAUGAAAAGGUUUUUGAACACAGAUCUGACCUAGAAGAGACAGUUGUUGAAGAGAAUAAUGAAAAUGAUGAGGAUGAUGAUCCUAAUAUGGAUGGGAGUUUUGAUUCAGGAUGUGGUGAUUUAGAUGCAGGUGAGAAAAGUUAUGAUCUGUUGAAGUUUAGGAAGAGGUUCUUCAGAAUGAAGUCCCAAAGCUCAAAUAUGUUGAUAAGAAAGGGUGUGCAAAGAAGAAGUGUGUCCGAUGAAGUUACAGUUUCUAAUGUUGAGAUAGAUAAAGCAGCACAAACUGUGGAGGCACGGCCUCGAUCACAUCAUUAUAUGUGGACAAUCCCCGACCCCGGGAGCCAGAAGCUCAACUGGCACAAGGCCCCGCUGACAGUCCUCGUUGUGAAGAAAAUAUACGAUGAGUCAGUUCUCGGGCCCUUCAAGAACCUUAUAGCAUGGCUGAUAAAGGUGCGGAAGAUGAUUGUAUAUGUGGAAAGCAACGUACUGGACGACGGUAGAUUGGAGGAUGACACAAGUUUCAAAUCCUUCAGGGGUCGUCUCCAAACAUUCAAAGAAGGCCAGGAUGACCUCACAGACAAGAUAGACUUCAUUAUAUGUCUGGGAGGAGACGGUACCCUGCUUCAUGCUUCCACACUCUUCCAGCAAAGUUGUCCACCAGUGAUGGCAUUCCACCAGGGUUCGUUGGGGUUUCUUACACCAUUCAACUUUGACAACUUUGAAUCACAAGUUUCACAAGUACUUGAUGGAAAUGCCUCGCUGUUGUUGAGGUACCGUCUCAAGUGUGUGAUCUGUAAGGAGGACUCAGAGCUGGGAAGAGUGUCACGUAUAAAAAACAUAGACUCAAGGUCACCAAGUGGCAGGUCACAAAUACUGGUGCUCAAUGAAGUGGUGAUAGACAGGGGAUCAUCGUCAUUCAUAUGUAACAUUGAUGUUUUUGUGGAGGGCAGACUUGUAACUUCUGUACAAGGGGAUGGUUUGAUAAUCUCUACUCCGACUGGCAGUACAGCUUAUGCAGUGGCAGCAGGGGCCUCCAUGAUCCACCCAAGUGUUCCGGCCAUCAUGAUCACCCCGAUAUGUCCCCACUCACUGUCAUUCAGGCCCAUUGUAGUACCAGCAGGGGUGGAGUUGAAGAUAAUGUUGUCUCCAGAGGCCAGGAAUUCAGCAAUGGUUUCCUUUGAUGGGAGAAAUCGGCAAGAAAUACACCAAGGGGACAGUGUACGAAUAACCACAGCACAGUUUCCAUUGCCAGCAGUUUGUGCGAAAGAUCAGAUUGAUGAUUGGUUUGACAGACUGGCUGAAUGCCUGCACUGGAAUGUCAGAAAACCACAGAAGAGUUUGCUCGAGUCUCGAAAUACCAGUGAUUCAAGUUUAUCAGGAGUUUCGCACAAUGGUCAGAACCAUAAUGGUGCGAGUGAGUCUCAAGAUAGCGUGUUUUCAGAACAUUCCUCUUGAACUGAUGAAUUGACCAAUCAGAAGUAGGGAUACAUAUGAUUCCAGGGGAAUCAGCCAAUCCGAACACAAUUUGUCUUUCUUGACCAAUCAUAAUAACCGACACAUCACUGUUUCAAUCAACAUAAUGAUAUGCAUGAAAAAGUUCGAUUUUCAUUUAAUAUUUUGCAUUCCAUUUUUUCUACAAUUAUUUUUAGCAUGUUUGAAUCCAUACCAGUUUUGCAUUGAAUAGAAAUUCCUUAGGUUGGUGCAAUUGUGUAUAAAACGUCAUAACAUUUCCACCAAUUUCACUUGCUUGAGUGUAUUUAUUUUAAAAGGAUGUACCUUCAUGUAAUUGUUCUCAGUGUUCGUUAAUUGUGAUAAUGUACCAGUAUGUCUUCAAAUGUUCAUGUAUCUUACAUUUGAGUCAGUAUUUUUGUAUUGUUGACUUUUCGUCUUAUUAAGUUUUGUGUUACAUCAUAGGGUAAUGUCUACCAAACGAGACUUGAGAGGGGGGGGGGGGGGGAUAUAUUUUUGUUAGGUCAUGGGGCAUAGUACACAGGCAGGAUGUAACCCGGGUUAGAAUUACUCUGGUUCUUUAAGAUUGUAUUUAUGUAGGUUAAGUUAUGUUUUCUUUUCAAUAAUAAUAGAAGUUAAAUUAGGUAUUUUACAAAUUGGUGUUCACCUAUGAUUAGAGAUUUUUAAUCAUUUUAGACAGCUGUACUUAAGAUGGGAUAACAGGUUUAUAUAUGUACGUCUUUUUUUAUAUGCUAGUGUUCUUUGGUUCAAGCCCCCUUUUCGCAUGAACAUGGAGGUUUAAUUGAAUAACGUGUGAUAUACUGAAUAUUUUAGAAAUUAAAUUUCACAGAAAGAAUGUUAGGCCCAUGAUCGAAAAAUCAGUGUGAUUAAAUUAAUAAUUAAGGGUUAUUUUUUUAAGGACUUCACUUGUAAAACAUACUCCACUGACACAACCACCGCACUGUAUCAAUAAUUCACCCAGUUUAGUAAAUUGAUAAUAUUCAAAAAUUAAAAUGAAAAAAUUCCCUUUCAUGCAAUAAAAUAUGUUUUGUUUCUCUGUUUAUUAUGUGUAUUUUACGGUGAAAUAUUUUUUCAUUUCGUUCAGUGGUAAAAAUCAUUAAUCUCUCGCUGAAUGAAUUAUUGCAUUUUCCCAUUUUGAAAUUGCAUUUGAACCCAAAGUAUCAUUUGUAUGCAAAAGAAUUAUAAAGGAAUUGUUAAACAACGGUUUCACAGGGUGGGCAAAUAUUUGGUAAGGGUGAAAAAGUAGUCCCUAACCAAGUUUACAUAUCAAGUUAUGAUAUAAAUGUGUAUGUCUUCAACUGAAAUGUCUUUCAUGUGUUCUUUAUUUUGUAUCUGUAAGGAAAUAUUAAAUUCCACAAUUCAUUCUUUUCUACACAAACUUUUUAUGCUAUAAAUUAGGGUAUAUUGGCAUUUUGAAAUGUUUGUGUAUAAUUCAUUAGGAAGUGAUCCAUUUUCCAAUCUGCUGGAGUACAUCCCUUGGGACUUGCAAAUGUCUCAAUCAUGGGCCCGGGGGCUGUAUUCAAUAUUGUUCUUAUCCUUGUCCUUAGACAUGCCUUAGUAACUCUAACGUGUAUAUUCCCUUUGCUGCCGACAACAUUACAGUUUGUUUCUCUUUUUACAAUGUUCUUUAUUUAUCUAUUUUGCUUCUAAAAUUUAUAUAAUAGUUAUGGUGCCUAUGACCAAAGAUGUCGAGGUUGUACUCGGCUGCUUCAGCACGUGGGAGGCGUAACUUUUUUGUUCCAUGUUGACAAGGACAACAUUCAAUAAAAAUAAUAUGUGGUACAAGUGAAUAGCAUUGUAAAGCAUUGGCACGGUAAUUAAAGAAUGUUUUCGCACAUUCUACUUGUUACCGUUCGGAAAUAGGAGGUGUUGUGUACAAAAAUGAUACAAGAAAUAUUAGAGAGCUUAAUAUAAAUUAAGUUUUAAAUCUAUAAAUAAAAACAUACAUUUUAAUUUUGUCAUAUGUUUUGAAAAUUCCUGAAAUAUGCUGUUAAAGAAAUAAGUUAAAAUGUACAUUACUUUGUUUAUGAAUGUGUUUUACUAUCUAAGGCAAGCCCAUAUUUGCCACUAUAUUUUGUUAGUUUAUAGUUUACAUUAUGUUUUCAUUGUUUAUGGUAUUGUUACAUUUGUUUUUACUGUUUCUUGGCAUUGAAUAACACUGUCCACAGUUGUAUUUUUUUUUUACUGUUUCUUGGCAUUUGAUAACACUGUCCACUGUUUCAUUUGUUUUUAAUCUUGUUUAACAUUUAAUAAGGCUGCCCACUGUAAAUAAAUUGUCAAAGGUAUUCAUUGUUAAAUAAAUAUAAAAUAAGGCUUAAAAAAAUGUAAAAAAUUUGCACAACCUUAAGAUAUUAAAUUUAACAUUUCAACCAAACCAUGUGCUUAAGUGUACAUUUUGUUGACCUGAUUGAAACUAAAAGACCACAGGUGGAGUAAAUUAACCCCUUCGGGACCUAGUGUACAUUUUGUUGGCCUGAUUGAAACUAAAAGACCACAGGUGGAGUAAAUUAACCCCUGCUGGACCUUGGCUGGAAAUUCAAAAUUUAUCUAUAGGCUAAUUCAAUGUGAAUUGUAAAUAAGUAUGGGACAUGAGGUGGGAUUAAGCCAUAAUGCAGCCGAUGGACACGGGCAGACUGUUAUUUACUCUAUGAUAGGCUUAUCAAAACACAAUCUUGACCCUCAUUGAUCCUUCAUAGCACCUUGAGUACGCUUACACAUGUAUGACUGUAAUUGACAUGGCGCUGAACCACCCCGAUAUAAAUAUUCAUAACUAUAAAUCCAGUGGAGAGGUUUACUAGUUGCCUAAUUACCCUGGACAAACAAAUGCAUAUGGACGUAAAUUCAAUUUUAUUCUUUGUUGAACAAAGUAGGGAACUAUCCUGGGUGUUCAUAACAUGAUUUAGCGUCAUGUCAACUAGUAGAGGUCAUUUUCAUUAUUCAUGUUUUUAUUCAGAAAAAAUGUGUUGCCGGCAACACAGAGUGUUUGUAUUGACCCAUUUUUGCCAAUGUCAAAGUCACUCUUAAGAUUCCAAGGUCUGUAUGUACAGACUUACCCAUUGUGCAAAUGUCAAGGUCAUUGUUUAGAUUCCUAGAAGGUCUGUGUGUUCAGACUGACCUAUUGUGCAAAUGUCAAGAUCAUUGUUUAGAUUCCUAGGUCUGUUUGUCCAGACUGAUCCAUUGUGCAAAUGUCAAGGUCAUUGUUAGGAUUCCUAGAAGGUCUGUUUGUACAGACUGACCCAUUGUGCAAAUGUCAAGGUCAUUGUUUAGAUUCCUAGAAGGUCUGUAUGUACAGACUUACCCAUUGUGCAAAUGUCAAGGUCAUUGUUUAGAUAUCUAGAUCUGUAUGUACAGACUGACACUUUGUGCAAAUGUUGUGCAAAGGUCACUGAUUAGAUUUCUAUGAAGUCUGAAAUGUACAGACUGUUCCAUUUUGCUAAUGUCAAGGUCACUGCUUAUAAUCCUAGAACCAUUAUUUAUAGCGAACUUAGGAUUGGGCAUAGACAUUUCAGCUUAUUAAUGUUUGUUUUGUUAAGUUAUUUAUCACAUUUUAGGGUUAUUACUUAGUCAUGUUUACUACCAAGUACGAGUAUAUAUAUACAAUUUGCACUACUACAUGUAAUAUAAUAUAAUAUACUUUCCUAUUUUAACUUUGAUUUUUUUAUGUCUGAAAGGUAAAAAUUAAGCAGAACUAUAAUAAUUUAGCAGAAAUAUUCUUACAUGACUUUUAUGUCUUUGUAUAACAUUUUUUAUUUUGAAAACUGUUUCUAAGAUUUGAAAUAAAUAUCAUAAACAUUA